ACAAAAUACAAUAUAUCUUGGUGGUUAUGGUUUACUUACAGCCACACAAUGCUCUAAUCUAGCACCGGGUGUUAACAGAUUACGGCGAGGCAUUGACAUAACUAAGCUAUCGUUUUUGCCAUCGGACAAGUCAAACGACGGCGGCUUCAAACGAUCGGUAAUUGAUUUUACCUGUUUGUCCAACAAAACGUGGAUCAGUCCGUACAGAACUGAUGGUCAAUCAUCAUCAUCGGCAGUCUAUCAAAUGCCCGAUCAAAUCGAAAUAAUCAAUUCAUUGCCCGGCGGACUAUUGGACGCAAAGUUACGCAAAUAUAGAGAUUACGAGGAAAUAAAAAAGUCAAUGGCUAACGAUGCCGGUGUCGACUUACUAAACGGUAUGUUUUCGGCCAGUUAUAACUACCGGCGCCAACAGCACACAAUAACCAAUUUAUCAAAAUUUACGGCCGAAAUCUAUGGACACUUUUCAUCGCACGAAGCCGACCUAUUUCCCUAUUGGGAACUGUCUUCUAGUAAAUCAAUGACUAGUUUUGUUGAAAAAUUUUUACCAAAUAAUUAUGAGACCAAUCCGACAGCUUUUCGCCAAUUUAUUAACCAAUUUGGUACACAUUUUAUGGCCAAAGCCUACUACGGGGGUGUGUUUAAGGUGAAUUAUGUUUUUGCUAAUGAACUAACCAAUAAACUAUCGGACAAUGAAAUUAAAAUAGAUGCCCAUGCUACAUUUUUAAAUGCCCUAAAACUAAAUGGCGGAACCACUGGUAGUUUAGUAGAGAUUAGCCAAAAGUUUAGACAGUUUACAGAAUUUUCCGAAUUAUAUUACGGCGGUUCGACAAAUCUUAUUAGUCCCGGUCAAUGGCUUCAAUGGUCGCAAACAGUACCGAACAAUCCCUGGUUGUUUAGCGGUAAACUCGAACCGAUUACCAAUUUGAUGCCAAUGGGACCCAAACGCGAUGGACUAAUAAAAGCGAUUGGCAUUUAUCUGGACCGGACCUACUUAGAUGACUUGUCCAGAUCGGCCUACAGUUACCUGUUUCAGGGCAAACGUGGUUCGGAAAAAGUUAGACAAUAUAUUAAUCAAAUCGAUUCAAUGGCUAAUCAGUCGAUACCCGAUCAUAACAGUUUGAUUAAUCUUGGCAAUGAAUUGAUGUCGUAUAUAACAAUUCCCAACUGGUUUUACGAUACCAAACUGUGCUAUGAAUGGUAUGCCGAUGAUAAUGCCGGUCAAUGUAGUGGUCCAUCGAGAAGUCUAUGUGCCCAGGUCAAUUCACAGACACAGUGGUAUAGAGACGAUACAGAUAAAAGAGCUGGUGGUUGUCGUAUGAAAUGGGGUCUGACUGCCCAUUCAGGAGCACCCGAUUGGUUCAAUGGGCUUCAGAUAUGCUUUCGAUGGCAUCCCGAUGGCGACAGUGGCCAGUGUGGUGGCGGAGCCCCGGCUGAAACUUGUGCACCGGUCGGUCAAUUUACGGCUAUCUAUAGAGACGACACCGAUAGACGUGGCGGUGGUUGUCAAAUGUCGUGGCGUUUGUUACUACCGAACGAUUCGCCCGGUUGGCUAUUAAACACUAGAUUGUGUUUUGAUUGGUUUCCCGACGGCGACGGUGGCCAAUGUAGCGCACCGUCACGUAAUCUCUGUGCCAUUGCCAAUGAAUGGACUGUUUAUUAUAGAGAUGACACCGAUAGACGAUCGGGUGGUUGUCAGAUGUCGUGGAGUAUUAAAGUUUAGCAUAUUUUUAAUAUUAAUAGAUUAUUAAAUAAAUUGUAUAAUAAUGUUAA